CUUCGAGCCAGCCAUAUCUCACAACUCUUCAGCAUUUGUGCCAUUUGGAGGGCAAGUCACCCACCCUGUACGUCAUCACUACCCUAGUUACCAGGAAAUCAGAAGCAAUAGGCCAGUCUCCCAGCAAAACAGCCAGCACCAGAACACAUGACUCACCAAGGGCCUACAGACGCAAGUACACGACACAACUCGCACAGUGGUAACCAGUUCAAUUGCCCCAUGCCAUUGCCUAACCACGGUACUGUUGUUAUGAAUCCGAACCAGCCGGUAAUGCUACCGCCCUAUGGCAGCUAUGAUGGUGUGUCCGGGAUUUUAGUUAUUCCGCUGAAGAAAACUAACGAAAUAGCAGUGCAGACAGAUGAAAGCUGUAUGUCCCCUGAUUAUGUCCCGUACCAGCCUCCGCAGAGAACAGCUGACGAGGCAGUUCAAGAUGUGAAUAGUGCAGAUGAACAAGGGACGAAUCCGGACAAUCUGACGUGCACAGUUUGUCAUAAAGAGUUUGCUGACGUCCGAAAAUUACGUCAACACUUUGAUGCUAAUCACAGUAAGGAGAGCUUAAGAUGUAAGGAUUGCGGGCAAGUGUUUUUGACAGCGAAAAAUAUGCAAAUGCAUAAAGUAAGGGUUCAUAACAAACGGAUGCCGUUUAGAUGUGGUGUUUGUAGCCUACGCUUUGAAGAUCGAACGUCCGUUGUCCAGCACCUUGCAACGCAUAAUGCAAGUGAAAGCACAUUCAGGUGUGACACGUGUGGCAAAAGGUUCGGGAGUGAGGAAAAACUUCGAAAGCAUGAGCAGAAACACAGGGAGAUGUGGCAUAAAUGCAUCGAGUGUAAUCGAACCUUUGGAAGCGAAGUGACCCUCGCUUACCAUGUGGAACAAGUGCACAAGAGGCAGCAACAAGCUAUUGAUGUUUCAGUAACCGAAGCGGCAUCCAAUCAGGUUUCUCAAAGAGAAUCAGCUGAUCAUAGUGUAGAUGAUGAUUUGAUCUAUGACGAGGACGAGGCUGAAAAUGCAAACGAAGUUAGCCAGACUGCCGAAGAGCUAAGCUGCCAGUUCUGUAGUAGCAAAUUUGUAAGCAGUAAGAAACUGGAGAAUCAUGUGAGGAAUUGUGAAAUGUCUUCUUUUGGUAAAGGAAUGAAAAAGAUGUUCCGUUGCGCUGUUUGUCACACAUUCUUUGCAUUGAAGUCGCAGCUUGUCAAUCACUACAACACAAUGCAUUUAACACGGGAUGGUUACAGCUGCUCGAAAUGUCCACGGAAAUUUCGUCUCUGGUCGAGGCUUAAACUUCAUAUCAAGGCAUUCCAUCACAGCAGAAGGUCUUCUGUAACGAAGAACGUGUGUUCUGUAUGCUCCGAAAGGUUCCUCAGCCGGAACAAGUUGGAAGAUCACUUAAGAGAUGUGCAUCAGAUCCAGCCGUACCAGUCAAAGGUUGGUAGAAUCUACACAUGCAAGGAAUGCAAGAAACGUUUCACAAAUCUUUCAUCGUUGAUGGUGCACAGACGGGGUGUGCAUUCCCUUAAUAUCCUUGAGUCACCAUCAACACAGACUUGGAAAUGCCAGUAUUGUGAUAUCGAAAGAUUGACCAAGAAAACUUACAUUGCACAUUUGAAAGAGGUGCAUGACAUGUCGGUGAUAGAGAAGGGUCGAAGCCUGGAGAUAGUGGACAAGGAAUUUACCAGUAGUGUUGUUACCGCAGAGCCAGAUUCAAGGAGGAGCAGUGAGUCGCAAGCGCUGCACGCUGCAGAUGACGAGAAUUCAACAAAAGACACUUCAGAUGUUUGGCAUUGUUCUGAAUGUGACGCUGAAUAUUUUGACGAGAAGAGCUACAAGAAUCAUCUUGGCCUUGUUCAUGGAAAAAAGCCUUUUCUUUGCACGACAUGUGGAAAGAGAUUUGCAUACUCAGGGCAGGCUACAUGGCAUAUGCGGGAACAUGAAAACGAGGCAGGUAAUUCUCAAACCCAGACCUCAAUUUCAGUCUCAAGCAAUGUUGCUGAUAAUGAGGUUGUUGUAUCACCAGAAGAAGAUGGUAUCAUAACAGUAGAGCCAGGUUUACCGCCUCAUACAUGUGUCCAUUGUAAUACCACGUACCAGAACGAGAAGCGACUGAACAACCAUCUUGGAAUGCGGCACGGUUAUAAAAAUUUCCAAUGUGAUGUCUGCAACCAAAAGUUUGCAUAUUCAACACAUCUGAUUUGGCACCGAAGAAGUCACUUCCCUGAUAAAAAGAAGGAAAGCAAUGCAAGGUCACAGGAUCUUGAAAAUAUCGAUUCUGUUCCGAAAGAUUACGAAGUUAAUAUUGAGACUGGUAAUGCUGUCGAUCCAGAUAUGCAAUCUUCGAUAGAUGAAAGCCAUUAUGACGCAGCUGAGGAGGUUGUUGCUAAUGGUUACAGCCAACGCAGUCGCUUUGUUUGUUCUCAGUGCGGAGCAGAGUUUGUGGAGCAGGAACAGUUCCGAGAGCACAUGAUUGUUGUUCACGAUGCAGCUGUUGGUAAAAGCAAUACAAUUGAAGCUGAGAGCAGCUUUAACCAGCUCGAAGCAGGUGAAGAACUCCAAGAUGGGGGCUGCUACACUUGCGAAGUUUGUAACAAGCAGCUUUCUACACACAUUGGUUGGAAAGUCCAUCGCACAAGAGUACAUAAGCUUACUGACGAUAAGCCCCUUGCAUCUUCUCCAGGCAGCAUAAAGAAGGCGUUUAUGUCCAACCCCUUAUCAGUUCAUGGUGGGAGUGCGGGCGCGGGAUUGAUUCAUCAAGAGGUCAGUGCUCAGACUUUAACACCAAAGAAAAACGAGCUCGGAAGUGAAGACCUGAGUCCAAACGCUGUUUACUCUUGCUCUAAAUGCAGCCGGGUUUUUACAGGCCUUAGAAGCUUACGUACGCAUCAGUUCAAAUUGCAUGCUAUCAGGGUGAAAGACACGCAUCACAGAAGCCAACCAACUGCAAGCGGCGAUAGAAACCUUUUCUCGAAGGUUAGGAGUGGGGAAAUAUUUCAGUGCGGUACGUGUGACUAUCAGUUUUCGACUGAAAAAGGGCGACGAAUUCAUUGCAAGAAAAUGCGGCAUGCAGAGUUCAGAACAAGCAUGUGGACAAGCAAUCAACUCCCGCCGACGUCACAAGUGUCCAAAGAUGCAAAUGAAGUUUUCGAACCGGAUAAUUUCCCAUCAAAUCCUAAGAGACAAAGAGUUGACGAUGAUACAGAAAAUUGUGUAGCACCUUGUGAAUUCUGUGAUGCUAAACUGCAAAAUCUUGAAGCUUUGAAAAUCCAUUUCCAAAACAAACACCCAGAUAUGAUUUCAUUGCAAGACUCACCGUUUAAGUCACCAUCUGAUGUUGUGCCCAGGGCUAGUGAAAGCGACAAUUCUUUUCAGCAGCUGGACCUUCCUUCGAUGAUUGAUUGCCCAAGAUGCGAUCGAUCCUUUCCGUCUCGGAAAGCCAUUAAUGCACAUAUGGUUAAAUUCCACAAAGUCAAGGGAGCAGCUCUUGUGCGAACUUUGAAAGAAGGCAGGCGCCCAGAACAACGCCCAACGAUGAUCAACGACAGAUUAGAUAAUUCUCAAUAUGUUACCGGAUCAGAAGAGAUCUCUGUUGCAGAUACUGAGAGCAAUCCAAAGGCGUUCAGAAUUUGCCCAGUUUGUCGACGAGCUUUCCACAAUCGCCGUGGUCUAACAAUGCAUUUAGUGCGUUACCAUCACAUGAACAAAAUUGGUAUCAAGAAGCUCAACCUAGGCUCUCGUUACGAUGACGAUUUUCCAGUCGUAAGUGAUUCUACUACAGCUAAUAAAUGCACCAUUCCAGGACGUAAAUCCACUGGCCUAAAAGAAUUUUGCCCGUUAUGUCCCAUGACCUUUCCCAAUAGACGUAGUCUUGGUACGCACAUUUUCAAGAGGCAUGGUAUAAGGUGCAAACAGUUAUCGCCAGCUGAAAGAAGAUCCCUUUUUAGUGCUGGCAGAUAUGAAGGCGAGGUUGAAGAGCGUCAGAUUGCAAGGGAGGUUCUUGUGGCAACCGACUGCCCGAUUUGCGGUGGAAAAUUUGUUGGAAAGCGAGGGCUUAGAGCACACGUGUCCAGAAUUCACGGAUUAGAUAAGAUCGAACUAGGAUUUAUGUUUCCGAUAAAUAAUCCAACCGAUGAUGAUGGAAUCAUGAAAUGCCAAGACUGUCCUCGUGAAUUCAACAACAAAAGAAUAUUCGCUGCCCAUUUGUAUUUUGUCCACAAGAAAGAUUCAGUUGAUGCCUAUACAGCCAGUUUGGAAGGUGGCUCCCAACCAGAUUCUGCAGAUGCUGCGAAGACCGAAGAAGCUUUUGCGAAGGAGGACAGUAAUGCAAACGAAAAAAAUGAAGGUUCACUGCAGGGUGCCGAACAUCACCAAACGAACACAAUUGAAGCAUCACCAAACGAUGCUGUGACGUGCGUACCUGACAAUUCAGAGAAGGGGCAAUCAGAUUUACCGGAUGAAAGUUCUAGAGCAAUGACAAGCAGCACCCCUGAAAAAAUGACAUACAACUGCAUAAAUCCAACCUGUGGCGAGACCUUUAAGACCCCUCUUGAACUUCUUGUACACGUAAGGAAAGAAAAUGGUCGAAGUCUUAGUGAUGUCGACAAAGAAGUAAAGAACGUGAAUGCAGAAGACAUUGUUGAAGGGCAAGAUGAGGAGUUUGAUUAUGAUGAUCUUGAGAAUGAUGACAUCGAUGAUGAAAUUAUGAGUGAAGAACGAGAAGUAAUUGAAAGAGAUCCUUUUGAAGAGGAAGAUAAUUUCCCCAAUAUUCAUGCGUUGGAAACUGAUGGAAAGUUUGUUUGCUCUUUAUGCAAAAGUGAGUUUGAUGAUCAAAAAGCAUUUAAGAUUCAUUACAAGAAAACACACUGUAAAGGUUCCCAUGGAGACGCUGGAAGGCUGCGAGAUGUCGUGGAACGAAGCUUGUUGCAAACCGAGGCCGUGUCUAAGGAAUACAGCCUGAGAGCUACAGCUUCUAGGAAGGCAUUUCGCAGUGAAAUAGAGCUUACCGAACAAAUAUUGAGCGGACCGGCAACGCCUGAAGAAUCUGAGCAAGAAGAAGAAAGUUUGUCCAUAGACGAAGUGGUUGCUCACGAAGAAGAAAGAAUACAGUCUGGAAGUAGCACCUUUCCGCCAGUGAGGAAAGACGUGGAUGCCGAAAAGAUCCAAUCAGAUGUGGCGUUGGGUAGUAGUUUAAGUGAAACUAGGCCUAGUGAGGGAAAAUCUGUUGAUGAAUCGCCUAUACUAGAUUCAAAAGACAAAGAAGAUGAGCCAGCAAAAAAAAGUGCUUUUGCAGCUGCACUUAACCUCCAGGUGAUGACAUAAUAUAAGUAUUUUUGAGUUUUUAAAACUAUAUCUUGAAGCAAACUAGAGACUAACUUUUCUAUAGCCUUAUAUUUUUGUAAAGAUGUGAUUAAUAUUGAUUUUUGUAAGUUAAAUUUAGGAAACAAAGCUCAGUUUAGAAAAUAAAUCGAUUUAGUUUUUUAAAAGAAAGCUUAAUUAGUGUACACUGUGUCGUUGCACAAAAUUAUAAAAUGGUGAAUGUUAUUUAGAUAGCUGCAGCAAUAACUCUCAGUAAUUUUACUGAGCUCCUUUUUACAGCAGUUUUGCUAUUUGCUUGCGUGGUGAUAAUGUGAAGGGAUGCAUUUCGAAGUAUUUUUAGGCCUAUUUUGUUACCACCAACCAUUUUCUUGGUAAUCCUUUCCUUCGAAUAAUGAUUGGAUUGCAAACAGUUGAUGUUGAAUAACUUUAUUGAAUAAUUGUCUUUAAAAUUGAUGGCAGGUUCCAACAAAGCUUGGACCAAUAAUGAACGUCUACUUUUGAAAUCAAAAUAGUGUUUACAGCAAUCAGGCAGGCAGUUUCUACCUUCCAAGGCGGGUAUCAGAUUCUACACAAGUCGUGUUGUUCUAGAAUAUAAUUGCUUGUUGUUUAAACAAUUAAAAAAGUUUUUACUAUUUUUAGAUAACCCAACCACUUUUGGCAUAUUCUAGUGAAUCCAGUGAUUUCCGUUUUGAGUAGCUUACCCACUAUGCCUUGUGGUAGAUGACAUUUUUAAAGCUUCUGCCUUUAUAUGGAUUCAAUAGAGAGUUUUCACUUCGUAUUUCGAUUGAUUGUUAUAUCUCCAAAUUUUUCUGUUUUUUAAUGUGAACUUACUUAUGACCUCAAUUGAAAUUCAAAAUUUAGCAUAAGCCGGUCGUAACCUAGCCUACCCUAAAUUUUGCUGUCAGUUGCUAACAGCUUACUAGCUUUUUAAAUAUGUAUUUCGUAUAGGCCCCUUUUGUAGUGAUUCUUGAUGACAACUAUCUAGCUAUAUGUCAUGUGUUUUAAAGAUUUUUAAAAUAAAAUGUGGUAACGUUCUAUGUUCUUCUUGUUUAAUCAUGUAAGAAGUCCCUUAAACCCGAUCAAGCAAUAAUAGUUCCAAGUAAGAACUUCAUUUUCCACACACAAAAGUAGGCCUUGGCUUUACGAUUAUGUCGAAGGAAACUAAUUACUUUAUUUUAAACAUAGAUUUUACUUGCAUGGCUUCUAACAAUAGUACGGAGUACCUCUUUACUCUUAAGACCUUAUCAUGUGACUAAUAUCUCCUGAAAGCAAUGCCCUCUCCAAGAUCUAUACCAAACGAACCCAAAAAUAUUUUCUCAUCCUUUCAGAUGCAUGUUUCCUCAAAGAAGACUUGUUGGCACCCCUAACAAUUAUAAUUCAGCGCUUUUUUCCUUCAAAAGUCCAAUUGUAAAUUCGUUGUUGAGUUACCAUCGUUCAUUUAAAAGCAAUUCAGGAUAGCUGGUAAUUAACUUGUAGUUUCUGUUUGGUACAACCUCAGACAAGAACUACUGACUUUUUGUACCUCGGUGGGAAGCCUAUCUUUGUACUCGUAUCUAUGAAUGACGUAUUUUAUACAGAGUCAGUUUUGUAUGGCUUUCGUUUUUGUAUUUAAUUUUUUAGAUAAGAAACUUUGAAUUGA